CCUUGGACUGUAGUAUCCAGCAGUGUCGCCUGCACCAUGGGGGGCCUUGGACCCUCCAACAGGCUUCUGCUCCUGCCUCUCCUUCUGACUGUGGGUGGUCUCAGCCCUGUCCAGUCCCAGAGCGACUGCAACUGCUCCGUGGUGAGCCCUGGUGUGCUGGCUGGGAUCGUGCUGGGGGACCUGGUGCUUACCGUCCUCAUUGCCCUGGUUGUGUACUCUCUGGGCCGGCUGGUCCCUCGGGGGAAAGGGGCUGUGGAGGCAGUGACCCGGAAACAGCGCAUCACAGAGACAGAGUCGCCUUAUCAGGAGCUCCAAGGUCAGAGGUCAGAUGUCUACAGUGACCUCAACACACAGAGGCAAUAUUACAAGUGAGCCUAAACCAUGGCAGUCAACAGCCUGAUGCUUGGAUCCAGUCAUUCCUGACGCCUACCCAGCACCUUGCUCCUACUCCCACCAAGAUACAGACCCACGGAGUGCCCUUUCUGAGAUGUCAGACCUUCCCCCACCCCUGCCCCCAAAUAAACA